AUGCCUUCUUGGAUCCGGGCUGUGAUUCUUCCUCUCUCCGGGCUGCUGCUGACCCUCCCGGCCGCGGCGGACGUGAAGGCUCGGAGCUGCAGCGAGGUCCGUCAGGCUUACGGUGCCAAGGGAUUCAGCCUGGCGGACAUCCCCUACCAGGAGAUCGCAGGGGAGCACCUACGCAUCUGCCCUCAGGAAUAUACCUGCUGCACCACGGAAAUGGAAGACAAGUUAAGCCAACAGAGUAAACUGGAGUUUGAAAACCUUGUAGAAGAGACAAGCCAUUUUGUGCGGACCACGUUUGUGUCAAGGCACAAGAAAUUUGAUGAAUUUUUCCGCGAGCUGCUGGAAAACGCAGAGAAGUCCCUAAAUGACAUGUUUGUCCGGACCUAUGGGAUGCUGUAUAUGCAGAAUUCGGAGGUAUUCCAGGACCUCUUCACUGAGCUAAAGAGGUACUACACAGGAGGUAACGUCAACCUGGAGGAGAUGCUCAAUGACUUCUGGGCUCGGCUCUUGGAACGGAUGUUCCAGCUGAUAAACCCCCAGUAUCACUUCAGCGAGGACUACCUGGAAUGUGUAAGCAAGUACACAGACCAGCUGAAGCCAUUUGGAGAUGUGCCACGGAAACUGAAGAUUCAGGUCACCCGUGCUUUCAUUGCGGCUCGCACCUUCGUCCAGGGCCUGACAGUGGGCAGAGAAGUUGCCAACCGAGUUUCCAAGGUGAGCCCCACCCCUGGGUGCAUCCGGGCUCUCAUGAAGAUGUUGUACUGCCCCUACUGCCGAGGCUUGCCCACUGUGAGACCUUGCAACAACUACUGCCUCAACGUCAUGAAGGGCUGUCUGGCCAACCAGGCGGAUUUGGACACUGAGUGGAAUCUCUUCAUAGAUGCAAUGCUCUUGGUAGCUGAGCGACUGGAAGGGCCAUUCAACAUUGAGUCAGUCAUGGACCCAAUAGACGUCAAGAUCUCUGAAGCCAUUAUGAACAUGCAGGAAAACAGCAUGCAGGUGUCGGCGAAGGUCUUUCAAGGCUGUGGCCAGCCCAAACCUGCUCCCGCUCUGAGAUCUGCUCGCUCGGCUCCAGAAAAUUUUAACACCCGUUUUCGGCCCUACAACCCUGAGGAAAGACCCACAACUGCAGCAGGCACAAGCUUGGACCGGCUGGUCACAGACAUAAAAGAGAAACUGAAGCUCUCUAAAAAGGUCUGGUCAGCAUUGCCCUACACCAUCUGCAAGGAUGAGCGUGUGACAGCAGGAACCUCCAACGACGAGGAGUGCUGGAACGGACACAGCAAAGCCAGAUACUUGCCUGAGAUCAUGAACGAUGGGCUGACCAACCAAAUCAACAAUCCUGAGGUGGAGGUGGACAUCACACGGCCAGACACUUUCAUCAGACAGCAGAUCAUGGCUCUCCGCGUGAUGACCAACAAACUGAAGAAUGCGUACAAUGGCAAUGAUGUCAACUUCCAAGACACAAGUGAUGAAUCCAGCGGCUCAGGCAGCGGCAGUGGUUGCAUGGAUGAUGUGUGUCCCACGGAGUUCGAGUUUGUCACCACCGAGGCCCCUGCGGUGGACCCAGACCGCAGAGAAGAGGAAUCUUCGGCCUCGAAGCUUAGCUCCUCCCUGACGUCCUGGUCUCUGGUCUGCGUGGUCUUGGCCUUGCAGAGACUCUACAGAUAAUCGUGGGCUUUGGUCAAACGAAACUGCAUUUUAGCUCUUCUGUGGCCAACACCCUUUCUUUCUUACACUCUUGGGCAAUGGACCACGCCACAAAACUCGCCGUUUUCUAUGACAAGAGAGCAGUCUUGCGAUCUGGCUCCCCUUUGUUUUCCCAAAGAGUACCGGGUACCAGAUGGUCUGCUUCUCUUUCCUUCAGCUAUCUGUGGGGACCUCGUUUAUUCCAGAGAGAAUUCUUACUCAAAUCUUUCGUACCAAGAGAUUUUUUCUUACCGUCAUUUGCUUUUAUGCUGCAAAAUUAAAAGAAUUUCAUGUUGUGAGGGUUUUUUGUUUUUUGACUUCUUUUUUACAACCCAUUUAAAAUAGGAAGAAAAUAAUUUUCCAUUUCAAAUCAGGCCAAACCCCAAGACAACUGCAUUUUCAGCAAGGAAGCAAACAAAGGAGAGAAAAUAAAAGAACUCUCAUGCUAUCAGGUUUGGCAUUGACAGCCAACUCCUGGGGUGAGCUUUUCUGUGACAAACGAGGUUUACAAAAAUGCUUAUGAGGAGAAGGUAUAACAUUUUUAUGUAGUGGAAAUACACUGUUGUCUUGGACUCUAACCAAACUGAUUCGGAGGUACCGAUAGGAAAUUUAGGACUGUCUUUAUAUGAGCGUAAUCUUGUUGCAACUCAACUCCUCUCUUCCACCUGCCCGAUCCCACCUCUCACGGACAGCAGCAUUUUCUGUCUUCUAAAGUCUGUCCGUUGUAUCCAAUUGACACUGAUUGUCUUCAGUUUUUCAUAGAUGCCCCCCCCCAACUAGUCUCCUCUCUCCUAGGCCUUGACUAAAACAAUCAUCUUCAA